AUGGCGGCAGCAAAGACUCAAUCUCUAUUCUCUUCGCUGAACCUGCAGCACAAAGUCACAAAGACAUCAUCUGGCUCAGAAGUCUACAGCUACAUAUCCGACCUCGGCCCUGACAAGCCCAUCUUGACCCUGAUCCAUGGGUACCCUCAGUCUGCUUAUGAGUGGCGAUAUGUCGUCCCUCUAUUGUACGGCAAAGCCUCCCUCUUCGUUCCGGAACUCCCGGGGUACGGCAUCUCCUCGCCCAUUGUCGGCGACGCUACGGUCAAUACCAAACGCUCGGUUGGCACCGCGCUGCUCGAAUCUCUCGCUUCCGUCUUCGGCACAAAAUCGUCGUCAGCACCACGCAAGGUAAUCCUAGGAGGCCACGACCGCGGCGCGAGGAUUUCUCAUCGUCUCUCAGUUGACUUCUCCCACCCACCUCAACAGUCCCCCGACCUGUACAAGGACUUGAACCUCACUGUCAUCGGCACGAUCCUGCUCGACAUAGUCCCCACAAAGGAACAAUGGACGGCGUUCUCCGACCCAGCCAUCGCCCAAGGUUAUUUCCACUGGCCCCUGCUCGCCAACGCUCAGCUCGCCACGGAUAUGAUCUCUGCAUAUGGUGGCGCCAAUUGGGCGAGGAGUGCGCAUACGCGAAUCGCAGGCCCGAAUCCGAAAUCGCUGGAACGGAUCUGCAAGGACGGCGCAGUGGAUCUUUAUGCCGAGCUGUUCGAUAAUAAGGAGACGCUGUAUUAUACAGCGCUCGACUACGCUGCCGGAGCGGCACCCGAGGCGAGCGAGCAGGAAGAGGACCAGCAAGCGGGACGGAAAGUCGGCGUGCCGCUGCUGGUCUUCUUCAGCAAAGCCAAGCUCGGCGCGAGGAUCGAUGUCGCGGGGGUUUGGAAGGCGUGGGUCAGUGAAGGGUCUCAGUACGAGGGGGUUGGCGUGGGAGAGGGUUAUGGACACUAUCUGCCUGAAGAGGCCUAUGAUAUUGUGGUGCCCAAGAUUGAGGAGUUCAUAAACAAGGUCACUUAA